UGUUGUGUUUUUACCCAAAUGUUAGCCAGAUGGUUAUGAGAUGUCCUAUUUAGCCUACUAACUAGAAAACGCCCCCUACCACACUCGCAUGUUUCAAACUCAUUGAACAUAAAGUGGCAGGCUACAGUGAUUAUGCAGUCUUUCUUAUCAUUGGCAAAGGUUAACACCUACAUGAAUAGCAAAAAUUACCAACGUGCAUCAGUUUCACAGAUUCGCCACAGACUUAUAAAAAUUGAUUCACGAAACUGCUUCUUUGAUAUAUCUGUUGUUUUCAUGCAGGAAAAGACGUUAAGACGUGUUAAAUAGCGUGUUGUCGGGCAUAAUGGCAAUUCCUCCAGCAUAUGUAGACCUUGGAAAAUCGGCAAAGGACAUCUUCAAUAAAGGAUAUGGUUUUGGACUGGUUAAACUUGAUGUGAAGACAACAUCUUCAAAUGGAGUGGAAUUUAAAACGUCUGGCUCAUCCAACGUAGACACCCACAAGGUCACUGGAACCUUAGAAACCAAGUACAAGUGGGCCGAGUAUGGGCUGACAUUCACAGAGAAGUGGACCACAGAAAACACACUUGGGACAGAAGUUUGUGUUGAGGAUCAGAUCACUAAAGGCCUGAAACUAACUUUUGACACGACAUUUUCCCCAAAUACUGGCAAAAAGAGUGGCAAGGUCAAGGCAGCUUAUAAAAGGGAAUACAUUAAUGUUGGUGUUGAUGCAGAUCUAGAUUUCGCUGAUCCUACUAUCCAUGGUGCUGCAGUGGCUGGCUAUGAGGGCUGGCUUGCUGGCUGCCAGAUGACCUUUGACACAGCCAAAUCCAAGAUGACCCAGAGCAACUUUGCAGUUGGCUACAAGACUGGGGACUUCCAGCUCCACACUAAUGUAAAUGAUGGUUCUGAGUUCAGUGGAUCCAUUUACCAGAAGGUAAACGACAAACUGGAGACUGCUGUGAAUCUUGCCUGGACAGCUGGCAGCAACGGUACUCGCUUUGGAAUUGCUGCCAAAUAUCAAUUAGACUCCAGUGCCUCUAUAUCAGCUAAGGUGAAUAACUCCAGCUUGAUAGGAAUCGGAUACACCCAGACUCUGCGGCCUGGUAUGAAACUUCAGCUCUCGGCACUGGUCGAUGGAAAGAAUAUCAACACUGGUGGUCACAAACUAGGUCUGGGCCUGGAGUUGGAGGCGUGAAGACCUGCUCCGCUAUUUCAUAAGAAUGAUAAUAUCAGCUGAAUCUGACUGUCAGUGUUCAUGUCUGGGCAGCAGGAAACAUUUUAAAGAGCUGAAGCCAAAACAAAAGAAGAAGCCUGCCAUUCAAAUGGCACUAUCCUCCUUUCAUAGUGGUUACAAUAACUAGUCAUGUAUUAGUCACAUGUACAGUAUUUAUUGAUUAGUUAUGCCCUCUGACAGUUUAUCCUCCAUAAUGAAAAACCCUCCUCUGGGUGUUGCAAGUUGGCUUCACUGACAAUCCAGGAGUCGUUCCAAAAACAGAACCCUGUUAUUUUGCUUAAGUGUGCUAAUGUAGAAUGUAAAUCUGGAGUUAUUUUGCACAGUAGAGUACAAUAUAUAUUUAUUUAAGCAGUUUCUUAUUAACUUUAUUUGCAUAAUUUAUUUAGAUUUUUGAAGCAGUGGUCUGCCAAUAGGAAGGCUUGCCCAAACAAAAUGUGCUUGUCAAGACAGAAGCUCACCUAUUGGCUGGUCUUCAUUUACUUCCCAUGUGAAGCUUAAUUAUGCUGUGUGAUGAGUUUUAGAUCCCCACUACCUUGAAUUUCUGCUUUUAAGUUGUAAGAAAAUGCUAAAUCGAUUUUUAUUUUCCUCAGUGUGACUCGAGUGAAAGAAUAUCAGUGUGAAUCAUCCACUUUUGUUUCUAUUUUUGAGUCCAGUGACCCUAAUCAGGAAACCAGUUGCGUGUUGGCAUGUCUCCGCCUCUGCAAUAAAGUCCUGAAAUCAA